AUGCAAUCGCAAAACAAAUAUUACAGCACAGGAUUCCAAAAAGAGAUCUCGAGUACUCAUACUUGGAGAACCAUAGACAACUGUAUGGGAUUUAUGGUUCCCUACAUUCGGGGAACAGAGUCUAUACUUGAUGUUGGCUGCGGGCCAGGAACCAUUACAAUUGACUGUGCCAGAAAAUAUCUCGAAGCCAAAGUUGUUGGAAUUGAUACGUUGGAAGAAUUAGCCAAUGUAGGAAAGAAAGUUGCAAGUGAGCAGGGGUUGAGUAAUGUCAAGUUCGAAGUAGGGUCUGUGAUGUCUCUACCAUACGAUGACGAAUCGUUUGACAUUGUCUAUGUACACCAAUUGUUGUUACAUUUACCUGAGCCAAUUGGUGCACUAAAAGAGAUGACAAGAGUUGUUAAGCCAGGCGGGUUGAUAUUUGCAAGAGAAGCUGAUUUGGAUUCAACUAUUGUGUACCCAAUGGAGUACGAAUCAAUUAAAUACUUUUUCAACCACUUUGCACUUGGAGAAUCUACCGAUACUACAGGCGGUAGAAAGCUUAAAGAAUGGGCGCUUGAGUCUGGGACUGAGGCGAAAAAUAUAGUAAUGUCGUCAUCCACACAAUACUAUUCUUCGGUCGAGGAGAGAAAGCAACAUAGACGUAUGUAUGCUGAAAGGUUACGGAAAAGCAAAGAAGGUGCUUUUGAUAAGUACACGGUGAAACAAAUUGAGGAUUCCUGGGAGUUGUGGGAAAAAGACGAGAGAUCAUUGUUCGUGAUGAUCAUGUCUGAGAUUGUUAUAAAAGUUUAA